UCAACCCUUACAGUGACAUGGACACAUGAAGAUGGGGAAUUAUUCAGCUGUGACUGAAUUCUUUCUGGUGGGACUUUCCAAAUACCCAGAGCUCCAGCUUUUUCUGUUCAUACUCUGCCUCAUCAUGUAUGUGAUAAUUCUGCUGGGAAACAGUCUCCUUAUUAUCAUCAGCAUACUGGAUUCUCGCCUUCACACCCCCAUGUACUUCUUCCUUGGGAACCUCUCAUUCCUGGACAUCUGUUAUACAUCAUCAUCCAUUCCUCCAAUGCUCAUCAUAUUUAGAUCCGAGACAAAAUCCAUCUCCUUCAUUGGUUGUGCUCUCCAGAUGGUUGUCUCCCUUGGGUUGGGCUCCACUGAGUGUGUCCUCCUGGCUGUGAUGGCCUAUGAUCGGUAUGUCGCCAUCUGCAACCCACUGAGGUACCCCAUCAUCAUGAACAGAGUGCUUUAUAUGCACAUGGCUGCUUGGUCCUGGAUCAUAGGCUGUCUGAAUUCCUUAGUGCAAACAGUCCUGACAAUGGUGUUGCCUUUCUGUGGGAAUAAUGUCAUCGACCAUCUUUACUCCCACCUGACGGUGGUUAUAUUAUUCUAUGGUUCAGCCCUUUUUAUGUACAUGAAGCCCAAGUCAAAGGACACAAAAACAUCUGAUGAAAUCAUUGGACUGUCUUAUGGAGUGGUAACCCCGAUGUUGAACCCCAUCAUCUACAGCUUGAGGAAUAAGGAGGUGAAAGAGGCGGUGAAAAAAGUCCUGAGCAGAUACCUGCAUCUAUGA